AGAGAGCCUUGGCUUGGGCGGAUCUGAGCUUGCGCAGGACCACAAGGGUCCAGUUUGCAAAUCCCCUUGCUCCGGGUCCGCUGCUAGCUCAGGUUCUUCGAGGACAGGCUCCACCCAAAGGCUGCCCUUCCAGAGUCGGUGGGGUCCCGAGCCCCGGGGUGGGCGCGGGAAUGGUCCCUGCAGUGUGACUACAUGAUCUUUAGCUGUCCCGGGCGCCCGGGAUGGGUGGUUGAGGCCAGCGCGUGGCGGGCGGGGCACGGGUGGCGUGGGGUGGAGCCUGCCGCGGGCGGCGCUGUCCCGGGGCUCCGGGCCGCGGUGGCCACCGGAGGCAGCUGGAGAGCGCGGGCGCAGAGAAGGUAGAGCCUCCCCGACCCCCGCCUGGGCUCUGACUGUCUUAGAACAGUGGACCCUGAGGCGAAUUCCUGGGGAGGGGGUCUGGUCUCUGGGACUCCAGGUCCCAACACCCGGGCGAGGGCUUGCGCCAAGAUUCCUAUUAAGUCACAUAGUGAAGUUGGAAAACAUAACCGGGACCUCCCUGCACGCUGGCGCAGCCGGCUCUUCCCUGAGGGGCUUCGGGAGGAUGCGCCCGGACGCCUGCACUCUGGGAUCGCAGGGAUAGUGUGUCCAGGAGGGAUGCGGAGCACCCUCCAUCCCUGAUGCCAGAGUAGCUACCCUGUCCCCUCUCCCCAGCCCAGGGGCAGUCACAGGAAGAGCAUGGAGCUUUGGCUGGGCAGGCUCUGGCUGUAUGUCAUGCUGCUCUUGCCUCUCCUUCAGCUCUGCCAGGAUCAGGAGCUGUUGGGUCCUUCUCUUCAGACACCAUCAGAGGAGGACCAGGUCCCUGAGGGUCUCUGGGGACCUUGGGGCCGAUGGGCCUCCUGCUCCCAGCCCUGUGGGGUGGGAGUGCAGCGCCGGAGCCGAACAUGUGAACUGCACCCAGCCCUGUCCCUCCCUCCCCGACCCCCAAGACAUCCAGAAGCCCCCCGGCCCCGGGGCCAGGGCUCCAGACCCCAGACUCCACGGGAUCCCCAGUCCCUGUAUAGGCCACAGCCUCGGGGAAGGGGUGGCCCUCUUCGAGGUCCCGCUUCUCAAGUGGGGAGAGAGGAGACCCAGGAGCCUCAGGGGGCCCAGAGGUUCCGGGUUCGAGACCCUAUCAAGCCAGGGAUGUUCGGUUACGGGCGAGUGCCCUUUGCUUUGCCCCUGCACCGGAGCCGCAGGCUUGCUCACAAACCUGGACAGCCCAAGGUCUCCUCUACAGCGGAAGAGACGCUUCCAUCCCAGCCUCCAAGCACAGAACCAGCCUCUGAAAAGCACAGCCCCCACAAGCCCCCUGAACUGCGUGCCCAAUCCCGUUCCCCCUCAGCUGAAACUCCAAGGUCUGGAACGGCUCAGACAGAAGCCCCCAGAACCAGUUCUGCUCCUCUGGACAUGGGGAUCCCUGCACCCACCUCCUCCUUUAGAGACAGUAGGUCUUUCCAGGGAUCCCCUGGGCCACGAAUGCCAGCUUCCCAGGGAGCAGAGCGACAGCCACAUCCUUUCUCUCCUGUCACCCGGAGCCAGCUGGGCCGGAGGCACUGGAGACUUCCGGGGAGUCCUCACAGGUCCCCAGAUGGCUGGCUGCCUCUGACAAGGGACUCCAGCCCACACUGGAGCCUCUUUGCUCCCAGUAUCCCCACUCCAGAAUGUUCUGGGGAAAGUGAACAGAUGAGAGCCUGCAGCCAAGAGCCUUGCCCCCCUGAGCAGCCAGACCCCAGGGCCCUGCAGUGUGCCGCCUUUGACUCCCAGGAAUUCAUGGGCCAGCUGUACCAGUGGGAGCCCUUCACCGAAGUUCAAGGCUCCCAGCGCUGUGAACUGAACUGCCGCCCCCGUGGCUUCCGAUUUUAUGUCCGUCACACUGAAAAGGUGCAAGAUGGGACCCUGUGUCAGCCUGGAUCCCUAGACAUUUGUGUGGCUGGACGCUGCCUGAGCCCCGGCUGUGAUGGGAUCCUUGGCUCUGGCAGGCGUCCGGAUGGCUGUGGAGUCUGUGGGGGUGACGGCUCUACCUGCCGUCUCGUUUCGGGGAAUCUCACUGACCGAGGGGGCCCCUUGGGCUAUCAGAAGAUCCUGUGGAUUCCUGCGGGAGCCUCUCAUCUUCGCAUUUCCCAGUUCCGACCCAGUUCCAAUUACCUUGCACUUCGAGGGCCUGGUGGCCGCUCCAUUAUCAACGGGAACUGGGCUGUAGAUCCUCCAGGAUCCUACGCGGCCGUGGGGACGGUCUUCCAGUAUAACCGGCCUCCUCGGGAGGAGGGCAAGGGGGAGACUCUGUCAGCAGAAGGCCCUACCACCCAGCCUGUGGAUGUCUAUAUGAUCUUUCAAGAGGACAACCCAGGUGUCUUCUAUCAGUAUGUCACCUCUGCAGCCCCAGAGAGCCCUUCCACAAAGCCUUCAGCCCUUCAGCUUCAGCCUGAGAUGCUGAGGGGGGAGCCCUUACUCCCUUCAGCCCCCCGCCCAGUUCGGGCACCAGGCACCCUCCAGCGUCAGGCGCGGAUUCCCCAAGUGCCUCCUCCGACUCAUGUCAGGACGGCCAUGGGAUCUUCGGCUGGGUACUGGAAGCAGGUGGGGCACUCUGAAUGUUCAGCGUCCUGUGGCAAAGGUGUUUGGCGCCCCAUCUUCCUCUGCGUUUCCCGUGAGUCAGGAGAAGAGUUGGAUGAACAGAGCUGUGCCGUGGGGGCCAGACCCCCAGCUUCCCCUGAACCCUGCCAUGGACCACCGUGUCCCCCAUACUGGGAGGCUGGCGAGUGGACGUCCUGCAGCCGCUCCUGUGGCCCUGGCACCGAGCAUCGCCAGCUGCUCUGCAGACAGGAAUUCGGAGGCGGUGGCUCCUCAGUGCCCCCAGAGCGUUGCGGACAUCUCCCCCGGCCCAACAUCACCCAGCCCUGUCAGCUGCGCCUUUGUGGCCACUGGGAGAUUAGCUCCCCCUGGAGCCAGUGCUCUGUGCGCUGUGGUCGUGGUCAGAGGAGCCGGCAAGUGCGGUGUGUUGGAAGUAAUGGCCAUGAGGUGGGCAAGCAGGAGUGUGCUUCCGGGCCCCCGCCACCUCCCAGCAGAGAGGCCUGUGACAUGGGCCCCUGUACCACAGCCUGGUUCUACAGUGACUGGAGUUCCAAGUGCUCAGCCGAGUGUGGGACAGGCAUCCAGAGACGCGCUGUGGUCUGCCUUAGGAGUGGGGAGACCCUUCAGGGGGACCCAGAAGCAGGAAGCACUGAGCAGGGCUGCCCUCUCAGAAGCCGCCCUCCUGACAUGCGUGCCUGCAGUUUAGGGCCCUGUGAAAAGACAUGGCGCUGGUACACCGGGCCCUGGAGUGAGUGCUCCUCUGAGUGUGGGUCUGGCACACAGCACAGAGACAUUAUCUGUGUAUCCAAACUGGGGACCGAGUUCAACGUGACUUCUCCCAGCAACUGCUCCCACCUACCCAGGCCUCCUGCCCUGCAGCCCUGUCAGGGCCAGGCCUGUGAGGACCGAUGGUUCUCUACUCUCUGGAGUCCGUGUUCUCAAUCCUGUCAAGGAGGUGUGCAGACGAGGGAAGUCCAGUGCCUGAGUAGCAACCACACUCUCAGCUCCCGAUGUCCUCCGCACCUGCGACCUUCUAGGAAGCGGCCCUGUAACAGCCAACCCUGCAACCAGCGACCAGAUGACCAAUGCAAGGACAGUUCUCCACACUGCCCCCUGGUGGUACAGGCACGGCUCUGCGUCUACCCCUACUACACAGCUACCUGCUGCCGCUCCUGUGCCCAUGUCCUGGAGCAGUCCCAACUGGAACCUGCUUGAAAUGGGUCCAGGAGACCCCUCUCUUACGGUUUUCUCGCGCCACCCAUUGAGAUAGCCCAAGGAGUGUACCUGUCCGACCUGGGUGUUUGCCCCCUGUGAACGUUUAUCACUUCCUCAGAAGCACCCUGAGAAAGAAUUAGGAAGUGGGCAGGGCUGGCUUCUCUCAUGCUUUUCUGGGCUGGGGAGAAAGCAAGGUUAUAUUUCCACACUAAUCUGAGAUACAUAGAGAGUGUGUGUCCCCAGAAGUUCCAGUUCUGUGCCCCACUCCUCACGACCACUUCAGGCGGCACAUCUAACUUAUCUCGUUCCUAUCCCUGCCUCAUCUAGUCUCUGUAUUCCUACCACCCAGAUUAGCAGGGGUGGGGGCCAGCCACUGCUACCCUACCUUACCCGACCGAGAAGGACCACACCUCUCCAGUGUAGGGAUCAGUUGUGUCGUGGGUGGAAAUGAGAAACAUCAGCAUAAGACACCCUAGCCCCAGCCCCCACUUCACACUGAAAAUGAUGCCCACCCCAGAAGUAAUUUAUUUUUUAUUAAAGUUGAUUGUGACAAAUAAGAAA